AUGGAGGGAGAAGGUACAACAUUGUCUGAAGAGCAUCAAGAGGAAAAAGAGGAGUAUGUUUUGAUUGAUUUGGAUGGUGUGAUGGGCCAAGUUCACAUCCCUUCCAAUGCUCCCUACGUUCUCUCUGGUCUGGACACUCUAAAUCCAAUAUUGACCAUUGACGGGAAAAUCAAACUGGUUGGUGAGUAUGAUGAAACUGUGGGCACUUGCCUUGUCUUUAGUGAAAGUGAUGCUGCCCUUGUAGUCCAUGAAGAAACAGGCCCAUCUGAAGCCAAUCUUUUCUCUGGAGCAUGUAUAGUAGACAGUAAGCAGGCCCCUGUUAAGCAGGUAAAGCCAAUAACUAGCCUGCAUAAGAUUCUGAGGUUCAGGUUGAUGGAAGAAGCAGAAGGCGCGGCUUCUACAGACAAGCAAACAAACAAUGCAAAUGAGCAAGUGGAGUGA